UGUGUGUGUGUGCCAUACAGGGUUACAGCCAGGCCGCGGAGACACAGCAAGUCUGAGAAAGUGGUUUGAUUGACCACGAUGUCGUGAGUAGCAGCGGAACACACUGCAGCAGCCACAGGUGUGGCACGGCUGCGAUGUUUGUCCCUGCCCGGCUGCCGUCAGAGAGGUGGAUCCCAACACACAACUGUCAGAUACAACUUCUGCUUUCACUGCGCUGCACUGAUUUGAAUAUGAAGUAACUCAUGUCAUAGCUCGGUGUUUCUGCCGUGACAGCUGCACACAGCUACCCGGCUUAACAGAGCUGCAGUCUCACAAAGUCUCAGCGACGACGACUUCAAACCGAGAGUUGGUGUACUACAAAUAACAAGAGCUUGAAACCAGACAGGAAAACGUUAAUAAACUUCGGAAAAAUGUUAUUAAAGAUGCCUUCACUGUCCUCUGGAAUGGAUAGUCUGAAGUAAUGGAAAACAGAGAGGAGAGCCCUGCAGACGAACAGGCCCCUACUCCUCCAGAGCGAGGCCUGCUCCACACAUGGCAGUCAGCGGGCCCCCCCGCGCAGCUCUGUCCGGGGAGAGUGCUGCUGGCCAGGCCCGUCCUGCAGGUGGCCCUUGGAGAACACCAUGGACUCUUGCUCACACAGGGUGGACAGGUGUACUCUUUUGGAGAGUUGUCAUGGAGGGAUCUGAGCGUCCCGGUGUCUGCUCCCCUGCUGGAGGCCUCUCUGAUGGGGAGGGUGGUGGUCCGUGUGGCUGCCGGUGGUUUUCACUGUGGAGCACUGAGCGAGCAGGGCAACGUCUACAUGUGGGGGGAGAACACUGCAGGACAGUGUGGGCUGACUGAGAGGGACACAGUCACAAACAUCACAGAGCCCUGCCCGGUCACAGUGGUGGACAGCGAGGCCGUUCCUCCAGCAGGGGUUCGGGUUGUGGAUCUGGCUCUUGGACGGGAGCACAGCCUGGCUCUGUCGGCCCAGAACGAGCUGUGGGCCUGGGGCAGCGGCUGCCAGCUUGGACUGGUCACCAGUACCUUUCCUGUGUGGAGACCUAAGAAGGUGGAGCAUCUGGCAGGCAGACAUGUUAUUCAGGUGGCUUGUGGUGCCUACCACAGCCUGGCCGUGGUUCGCAGUUUACCUCCACAGAAGACCCAGAAUCCUUCUGAGAAGAGGGAGCGGGGUCAGUCACCUCAUUAUUCAGUGACUGAAAGGGAAGAGCAGUUUGCAGUGGAUGCCGGUCACUACUGUCCGCUGGGGGUGGAGCUGAGUGAAUUCAUGACAGGCGAGAGCUCUCCCAGAAGAAGAGGCCCCAGACGAAGGCUGCAUCCUGGGGGAAGGUCAGCUGGCAGCAGUCCUGGCUCUGCAACCGGUUCAUGUCCAUAUUCUGAAGAUGGCAAAUCUUACACUAAACAGACUAAUCUUGCAUUUGGGCACCCUCUCAGUGAGACUGACAGCAGCCCAAAGUCUCACCGGCCCUUAGGCUGGAGAGCCAAUAAGAACUCUGCGUUCUCUGAUGAAACGGAGAUUAAUAACCUCCUCCAGAAACUCUCCAGUCAGCCCUUGGAGAUUCACCAGAGCACCGGCCCAGGAGACACUGACUCACUGAGCAGUUACACUUCAGAUGACAGCUGUGUUUCCUCGACUCCUUCCACGGAUCUGUUGACUUCCAGUUACAAAGAAGACUCACCAAUUAAGGGUCAAUCCAACAAUGGAGUGGCUGUGGCGUACUCCUCCUCCCCAGUGUGUUUGGAAGAAGUUCGGCUCUGUCUGGAGGCGGAGAAACAGGCACUACAGGGGCAGAAGAGCACCAGUCUCACAAAUAUAAACCAGAAGGGGAACGCAGCAGCCAGCAGGAGACGCUCCCUGCCUGGAACACCCACCCGUGGGUCUCCACAGCGACGGAGGCCUUGUGCCUGCAGGCCGUCCUCCGCCGGUCGGCCCCAGGCCGCGGCCCCGGAGGAGGCUGGAGCCGGGCUGCCCUCUCUGGAGACAGAAGUGUGGAGCUGGGGCCGCGGGUCAGAGGGGCAACUGGGCCACGGAGACCAGCUGGCCAGACUCCAGCCUCUGUGUAUCAAGCCUUUGACCGGCGAGGAGGUAAUCAAAGUUGCUGCAGGGUCCCACCAUUCACUCGCCCUCACCGCCCACUGCCAGGUGUACUCUUGGGGCAGCAACAUGUGUGGACAACUCGGUCACGUCAACAGUCCUGUCACUGUACCUCAACAGAUAAAGCUGUCUGAUGGUCUUCGGGUUUGGGACUUGUCCGCGGGGCAGAGCCACUCCCUCCUCCUGGCUGAUGGAGACUGUGUGCAGCCGGUCCUGUUGUACUGCGGCCAGCAGCAAGAGCAAACGUCAGCCCAGAGUGAGAAGUCACAGCGGGGUCAAAGGUCAUGCCAGAGGUCACCCAACAGAGCCGAGAGUUACACAGUCAGACCCAGCCUGCUGCCCUUCUGCAUGGAGAUGGGUUACAUCAGCAGCGUGUGCAGCGGGGGUCAGCGCUGUGCGGUGCUGGCAGACCAGAACGUCAUGGGAUUCAUCUCGGCCAUCCAUGAGCUGGCCUCCAGAGAGAGACACUUCUACUGCUGGCUGAGCAGCGCUAAGAAGCUCCUCCUCACUCCGCUGCGGAGUAAAGAGAGUGUGUGUCCUUCGUUAGGUGAGCCAUGCACGCACCUCUUCUUCUCUCUCUGUGAGAGUUUUGUUCGUCUGAGCGUCCUGAUUGGCCGACACUCCACGUCACUAAGCUAUUUCCUGCUUGAAGUGCAGAGCUCUGACGUCACUGCCCUUCCCCUGCUGACGCACACUGAGCACUUUAUGGACAUUUAUAAAGAGUAUUGUUCUUCAGUAGGUAACUUUGAGGUGAUGGGUGGAUUCCGAUCACUCCAUAAACUCUCACUCGAGUGUUUGGGCUCUCAGCAGACGGUGCUGGCUCAGCUGUGUGCAGACCAGUCCCUCGGUGGUGACGUUGAUCUGGUUUCUGUGUUUUACCGGCCGCUGCAGCAGCUGCACCAGUACAGCCAAGUCAUGCUCAAACUGGCUGCCUGUUUCGAUGUGUUAACUGCAGAGUAUCAGUUCCUCCAUCAGGGCUGCAAUCAGUUUGACUCCCUGUCCUUGUCCCUGUUGAGGAAGAAAAAGGAGGCUGAAACCACCUUCCUCUUCUGGAAGAGCCACUCUGGAAAAACUACAGAGGUCCUGCGCCUCCCUCAGCGCCGCGUGGUGUGUGAGAGCAGCAACAGAUCUCUGACUCUGCAGAACGCCGGGCGGUUCUCCAACCACUGGUUCAUUCUGUUCAACGACACACUGGUGCACACACAGGGUGCCAUUCCCUCUCAGAGCCUCUUCUCCACGCAUCACAUCUACCCUCUGAGCUGUCUGUGGGUGAAACCAGUUACUGAAGACAGCAGUGGACAUUAUGCCAUCAAGAUUACAUGCCCGGAGGAGAGUUUCACCCUGGUGGCUUCAACCCCACAAGAGAAGAAUAAGUGGCUACGGUCUCUUAACCAGGCGGUGGAUCAGGUGCUGGGGGGGGCAGGUCAGGGGUCGUCUCCUGGGCUGACAGCGAUGUCCCGCACGGCGCCCUACACGUUCACUGGAGAGGGACGCCUUAAAGACGGCCAGUACACCGGGGCCUGGCUGGCAGGGCGACUUCAUGGCAGAGGCACCAUGAAGUGGCCAGAUGGACGCAACUACAGAGGGAACUUUAAGAAAGGACAGGAGGAAGGCUAUGGAGAGUGUUUAAUACCUAACAAAGUACUGAAUAAGCCAGACAGCUACCAAGGACAGUGGAGAGAUGGCAAGAUCCAUGGUUUCGGCAAGUACAAGUAUGCGAGUGGCGAGGUGUACGAGGGCUGUUUCUGUGACGGACAGCGCCACGGUUACGGCAUGCUGAGCUCCGGUAAACUGGCCAAGAACUCCUCCAGCGUUUUCAUUGGCCAGUGGGUCCAUGACGGGAAGUCAGGAUACGGAGUCUACGACGACAUGACCAGAGGUGAGAAAUACAUGGGACUAUGGCUGGACGAGCAGCGCCAUGGCAACGCUGUGGUUGUCACUCAGUGCGGUGUGUACUAUGAAGGGACCUUCAAAGACAACAAGAUGUGUGGUCCAGGUCUGUUGGUGUCGGAUGACGACACAGCUUUACAUGGGGAGUUUUCUGAUGACUGGAUUGUCAAUGGGAAGGGGGUUUUAUCCCUGGCUAACGGGGACUGUCUGGAGGGCCAGUUCAGUGGAGAGUGGACCUCCGGGCUGAAGGUGGUGGGAACGUACACCAAACCCCCCCCAGAAGAACCAGAAAACAAAGAGAGGAGCAGCCUGCUCAAAGUGGGUCAGUACGUGGUUCCUGCAGCUCAGAGGUGGCUGUGUGUAUUCGAUGAGUGCUGGAGUCGGCUGGGCUGUGAGGCUCCGGGGAGAGGAGAGAGGGCCACAGCCUGGGACAACAUCGCCGUUACCAUAACAACCGCACGACGACAGAGCAUAGAUCUCACUAGGUCUCAGAGUAAAGUGUUGGAGUGUUUGGAGUUCAUUCCCCAGCAUGGAGACCCAGUGACCACCGCUAACUACGACAACAUACGACGAUACCUCAGCAAGGCGUGUGAGACCCCCCACCACCCUCUGGGCUGGCUGGUGGAGACCCUGGUGACGGUCUACAGGAUGACGUACGUGGGGGUGGGGUCAAACCGACGGCUGCUCCGGCAGGCGGUGCAGGAGCUGCUGGCCUUCCUCACACACUUCUACAGCAUCGUCAGAUUUCUGUUUCCGGGGUUACCAGAAGAUGGCGGCAUCAUCCCAGACCCUCCUGCCUCUGCCUCUGAAGGCAAACACAACUCUAACAUAGCAGAGCAAGUUGUUAUGGUGGUGAGCUGCUCCUCGCUGCUCCUCCCCCAGCUGCUCCCCCGUCUCUACCCCCCCCUCUUCACCCUGUACUGCCUGCAGGAGGAGCAGGAGGAGGCUCUGUACUGGGAGCGCGUCCUCCGACUCAACAAGCAGCCCGACCAAUCACUGCUCAGCUUCCUGGGAGUGCAGGAGAAGUUCUGGCCAGUGUGGAUGUCGAUCCUUGGAGAUAAAAAGCAGAUUGUAUCCAGCAGUAAAGAUGCCUGUUUUGUUUCUGCUGUUGAGACUCUCCAACUAAUCAGCACCACCUUCACUCCGUCAGACAAACUCCUCAUCAUCCAGAGGACGUUUGAGGAGAUGACCCAGGAAGGGAAACCUAUGCUGGAUGGAAACUUCCUGUGGUGCAUGGACGACCUGUUUCCUCUCUUCCUCUAUGUGGUGCUCAGGGCGAGGAUCAGGAGCCUGGGAGCUGAGGUCAGUCUGAUAGAAGACCUGAUGGAUCUCAACGUACAGCACGGAGAGAUGGGACUGAUGUUCACCACGCUGAAGGCGUGCUACAUGCAGAUCCAGCAGGAGUCAGCUAUUUAAGAGCAAAGACACCGGACAGUCAACAGAUAGAACAGCCAGGAGCUUCACACAGGAGCUGUAACAACAGAAGAGGGGGGGGGUGAUCCCCGGCACCUCCUUCACUGUGGAUCCUUCAGUAUGUUUCAGCACGCCAAAGCUCUUUCUUAUUCAUGAAAGACACAUUUUCACAGGAAAGUGACACAUCGCCCUCUUCUGCACAUGUUAGAAAACUGCACUUUAGUCUUCAUAACAUUUGGUAAGAUGCACAGAAGGUGUAGCAACAGUGCAGUUCUCAUUACUCCACAGUGUUUUUCCUUUAAGGGUUAUUCAUUAGACACACAUUGAUGUCACAAUGUUCUGUGUAUGACUCAAAGCAAAGGGAACUGACAGACCACGUCUCUCAUGAAGUCUGAAAUAUUAUCAGAUUUUAAGGAAAACUUACUGUAAGAGGCUCGUAGCUUAAAAUCUAAAAAAAAUGAUGUAGAUAUUAUUUUAAUGACCAAGCACUCCUCAAAGAGAACUUUUGAUGUCUGUCUUCCCACAUGUUGAAUUUAACAGUAAAUGCACUGUUGUAAAUAUCAUGAUUAAAUGAAGCCUACAGCGUAUAACUGCCUACAGUAAACUGAAUAUGGGAACUGCAGUUUGUUAAGCAUGGACAUCUGAGAGAGAAAAAACAGAACAAAAAUGCUUUUAGGCUGCAGCUUUGCAAAAAAAAUAUAUUUCCUUGCCCCUUAGAAUCUUUAUACCAAUCGUAGAAUUUGAGUAUUGUGAUGAUUUAAUGACUUUUCUCUAAGCAGUGACAGGAGACAGUUAAUACUGCCCGCUCAGUCAGUGAGCAGACUGAAAGAAGGGUUUCUCUCUUUAAACAAAACACAACUCAAAUUCGAUCAAAGUUGGUGGGUUUUAAUGUCUGUGUGAACACAGGGCAUAUGGCUUGGGACACUAAUGUUUCAGUUGUGGUUAAAUUCAUCUAACUCCAAACCAUAGUGCCUGAGUCAGAAAACUUAAUUCCAAUGUAACAGUCGGUUUCUGCAAACGUAAAUUAGAGGAACAUUUAUACAUUUGUUCUCUACACUCCAUUUCAGUAGCAUCCCUUCUCCCUGCCUAAGCUAGUUUUACAUAUUUAUUUGGAUUUCCAAACAUCACAUUAUAAAGUCUUUCAGUUUAUUUUUAUGAAUUCCAUUUUGAGCACUACAACCCAAACGGCAUGCUGCUGCUUCAUGUUGAAAGUCACCAUGAAGCCGUUUGUCUCAGGUCUGACCGACUACUACACAGUGCCAUGUCACUACAGAGGGAAACCAUUCUGUACUUUACUAAUAUAAUUAAUGAGGGAACACUGAUUAGCUAAGCAUUAAGAAAAUGCUUAAUCCUCAGUUUGUAAUUCUAUGGAGUGUGUGUGCGUGUAUGGUGUGUGUGAACGAGCAAACAUGAACAAGUCUGACGAGGAACGCCUACAAUGUUGCACUGAUAGCUUUUUAGUUUAUUCCGUAAUCUGCUAGGAGAGUGUGUAAAGACACAUAUUCUUCACGUUGUUACCUUAAAAAUAUAGAUAAAGAAAUAUUCAUUUCUGUAGAUUUCAGUGAAAUGUGGUGGAAGGUUGACUCUGAAAAACAACCUGAUAUGCAUCUGAUAUUUCUUAAGGGUUUAUUCACAUUGCUACAUAGGACAUUUUAAGCAUUGUCACUAUUUUCUUAUGAACUACUGUACUUACUUAAAUUAAAAAGUAAUUUAAUCUAUGCCAUGAUUGUCUAUCACUGUGUGUUUUAAUGUAGAUAAUUAGCUACAGAAAACCAUAAGGUACUAAAAAAAAAGGUUUUCUCAUUUUGAUUUGAUAUUUAUAAUCCAUCUGUAAGUGUUAGAUAAAUGAUUGUAUUUUCAAAUCUUAUCCAAACAUCAAAGCAUAGCUUCCAGUACUCUGUAUCAUUUAAUUUAGCUUACUCUGGCUAUAAGUUUAUUAUGGUCAUGAUCAAAAAGCAUAUUUGGCUCUCAGAUUUGUCACAGCACCAGCAUUUGACAUGUGUUUUUUAAAGAAGACUGCUUCAAAUGACUUUAAAAGCAAUGUUACUUCAUUAAUGUAUUCAUAGAAAACAAUGUAAAUUGUGUAUUAGAGAUAUUCAAAUCCUAAAUUCUAUAUCAAAGAAAUUACAAUAGUAAGCGUCGUCAUGGAGUCACAUUUUGAGUUACCAUCUGACAGAAAAAUCCCCUCAGAACUAUGACGUUAAUUUGAAAAGCAUAGCAGGGAAGCAGCUGUUGGAUUCUUCCAGCGUUACUGAAAUAUGUUUGUACUGUAUUUAUUGUUACUCAAGUUUUUGAAGAAUUAAGAGAUGUAUAUGUUGGGAAAGUUUUCUUCUUUGUGUUAUUAAACCCACUGCAGUGUGAUGUACAUACAUGUGAUGUAGCAACUCAUGAUGGAUGAGACAAAACUAUUCAUCUCUGCAGAUGUUUCGCAUGUUUUUACUUGCAGUUUUGAGUAUGUUGCACUUGAAAUGAACUAAAACUAAUGACUUACAAAACCUAGUUAUGAUUUCUGAAAAUGUUACUAAGUAAUGUAAAGCUCACAUAGCUUCUUCUUUUGGGCUCAACAUGUAAAACGUUUCAUGAUGUUUAGUAGAAACCUACAUUCCUCAGUGGUUUCACACUAUGAGGCUAUAACCUGACUGAAUGUAUGACUUGUGUUUAUUCUUUUUCUAACUAAUUCUAUAUUUUUGCAACUUCAUACAUUUGUAGAAAGAGAUGAUCAAGGGAAUCGAUUGCAGUUAAUUUGGAUGGAUGAAUGCAAAAUGAGAAAUAAAAAUGUGUUUACUCAGAAAAAGGCAAUUAAAUUUGGUUUGAUUCUG